AAAAAUGAAAUAACUACACGAGGCAAUCUGUAUAUAGUUGUUAAUUCUUUUUUUUCUUUUUGUUUUGUUCUAAGUUCAAGUCACAACUAUUGCAAUUCUGGUUGAUAUUGGUCGUCGUUUAAACAACCAAUAAAAAAUCGUUUAUACAUGUAUAUUACGAAUAUAAUAUUUUAUUUGUAUGAUUAACAUGGCAGAAAUUAUCAUGAACAAAUUGUUUAAAAUCGUUGCAAAUGAAAUAUACAUGUGGUUUAUUAUAUCAUUAAUUUUAUGAACAAUCUGCAAUUACAUUGUAGGCUGCCUAAAAUGGUAAAAUUCACUGGUUAAAUCAUUUCAGUUACAAUACAGUAGUUUUUAAGGACCUGCUUGUACCUAUAUUUAUAGUGUCGAUGUAAGCAAAAGAUAAAUUAUUGAUGACUUCAGCAGAAUAUUUUAUUAGCUUAAUUACUGUAGCAAGUGCUAAAAAGCUAGCUACCGCACUUGUCUUAUGUUUUAUUCUGUAUCAUGGAUUGAUGCACCUUAUAUAUGGUAGCGAUUCUUGUAAGUGGUUACUAACAGAAGGAAGAUAUAAAGGAGACAAAGAAUGGCAACCUUAUGGCUGUAUGAUGCAUUAUUAUACACAAACAGACAGCCGCAGAUGUUUGAGAUAUCUAGCUUUCAUGGGCCACCGUAAUCAUUUUGCAUUUAUCGGAGAUGCUAGGAUUAGACAGUUAUAUAAAUCUUUUAUAUCACAAUUUGUAAUUGAUGGAAAAGCAUCAGAUUUGACAGAAUUACCAGAGAAUUCUGACUUAAAUUUUAAUGAUGCACAACUUAGAUUAAAUGUACAAUUUCUAUGGAGAUCUCAAUUAGAUAAUUCUAUGAUAGAAGAUCUUAGGAACUGGAUAAAAACUGAUGCACCUAGCUUAAUUAUUUCAGGUUGUGGAGCAAAAACAAUUCUUGCUAAUAAUAAUAGUGAUGCUCAAUUGUAUUCUGAGUAUAGUAUGGGAUUGGUAAGACUUGUACAACCAGUGGACUUUUUAGUUAAAAAAAAUACAAAAUAUUUAUGGAUGCUUCAAGAUCCAGUGUUAAAAGAAAGAUUGCCAGCCCAAUUAUCAGGCAUAGGUAACAGGCAGAUUAAUUUAUGUAAUAAAGCAGCAAUAAAGAUACUAUCUCAUAGUGAAGCUCACAUAUGGGAAAGCAGUAAACUUGUUGGUGCAGGUGUAUUAGAGCAAAGUCCAGACGGAUAUUUAGCUAGUCCUUUAUCUUUGAGACAUAAGAUUCAAAUAUUAUUGAACACUUAUUGCAACGAUCAUAUGAAUUUUGAUGAUGGUAGUUGUUGUAGUUACCCAGAACCAGCUACAACAUUACAGCUAUUAAGCUUAUCUGCACUUGCUUUAUGUGUAGUAAUUGGUGGUGGAAUGUGGUUGUACAGAAAAUUUUGUCAUCGAACUGAAAUUUCUUACUCGCGCCUUACUACUGUUGAAGUGAAGAAUACUGAGGAAGCAAAUAAUUCUGAAAUUAGACAAAUUGAGCAAUCAGAAGUACAAGAUUUUUAUACAUUAAUGACAUCAUUGGCUCUUUUAUCGAUCAUCUUAUAUUAUUUUUAUUUAUGUGAUAGAACAAAUUUUUUUAUGAAGGAGAAUAAAUACUAUAGUGAAUUUAGUUUUUGGUUACCUCUUGGCUACAUAUUGGCUCUUGGUUUAUUUUUUACUGAGGAUAGAGAAAGAGGUCCAAGAACUUUAAAUCGAGAACAAACAGAUGAGUGGAGAGGAUUGAUGCAAGCUGUAGUGUUGAUCUAUCAUGUUACUGGGGCUAAAAACGUUUUGCCUAUUUAUAUGUAUCUAAGAUUAAUUAAUUCUGCUUAUUUAUUUCUUUCUGGAUAUGGACAUUUUUGUUAUUUUUGGCAGACAGGUGAUGUUUCUUUAGUGAGAUUUGCACGAGUAAUGUUUAGGCUAAAUUUUCUAACAGUGUCUCUAUGCCUUUGUAUGAACAGGCCAUACCAGUUUUACCAUUUUGUUCCAUUAGUUUCAUUCUGGUUUUUAGUCAUUUAUUUCUUAGCCUGGUUACCACCGAGAAUAUAUUCUGGCAAUCUAAACGAAUAUGGACCAAGAGCUUUGUUAUAUCUCGCACUGAAACUUUUAGGUCUUGUAUCAAUGAUUACAAUAUUGUAUAUGUCAGAGGUAUUCUUCGAAAAAGUAUUUGUAACAAGGCCAUGGAAAGCAUUAUUUGUUACAACUGAUGACGAUAUACGUGAAUGGUGGUCACGUUGGAGAGUGGAUAGAUAUAGUAUAGCUUGGGGCGUAACUUUUGGGGCAGGUCUUGUAGCUUUGCAAAGAAUAGAUCACAUUCCAGGAACUGCGUUAUCAUCUUUGCUAGCAUUAAUUUCUCUAACCGCUUAUACUACUUUUACGAUAUUGUGUCAUUCAGUAUCCGAAUGUGAAGAAAUUCAUUCAUACGUUGCAUUUAUACCAAUUAUAGGAUACAUAGCGCUUAGAAAUGCAUCAUUAGCACUACGUGGUAAACAUUCAGCUCUUUUGACUGGCUUAGGUCGCAUUAGUUUAGAAACUCUAGUCGCACAAGGUCACAUUUGGUUGGCAGCAGAUUCACAUGGUGUAUUAGUUCUACUGCCUAGAUUUCCAGUGUUAAAUCUUUUAGUUACGUCAUUCAUCUUUAUAUGUGCAAGUCACGAAAUACAUAGAUUAACUCAAGUAUUAGCACCAUAUGCAGUACCAAAUGAUUGGAGACUGGUGGCUCGUAAUUUGUUAUUAUUUAUUGCAGUGCUUGUACCUAUUGGUAUUCAUGAUGGAAUGUUUUGAAAAAGACUUCUAUGAUUAAUAAAAUUCACUGUAAAAAGCAGAUUUCAUGUACAUGUAAAUAUAAAGUAUAGUAAAUGUAUAAGUUUGUACAAUUUUAUCAUAAAAGCUUUGUGAAACAAA